AUGCAAAAUGGUAUAGCAAAGCACAUUGCAAACAGUGUGGCCAACAGUCUGAUGAAGUGUCUUGGUAACAUGGGCUCAUCUGGGCACAAUUCAGGGAUGCCAUGUCCUGAUCAGAAUGGCUCAGGUGUCUUUGGUAAUCAAAAUGGCUCAGGUGUCUUUGGUAAUCAAAAUGGCUCAGGUGUCUUUGGUAAUCAGAAAUGCAGUGGCCUUGACAACUUGCUUGGUGGGAAUUCUGGUAACACGAAUUGCUCUGUAAAGAAUCUCGACUACACGUAUGCAGUGAAUAACAUGCUAAGAAAUGCAAGACAGAACUCACAGGCAAUGCCAUGUAACACCGCACCAGGAAUGGGCAACAAUUGUACACCAGGAAUGGGAGGAAUGAAUGGUAUGGGUGGAAUGGGAAACAACUGUAUGCCUGGUAUGGGUGGAAUGACACCUGGAAUGGGUAAUAUGGGUAAUAAUUGUAUGAAUGGUGGGAUGAUGCCAGGAAUGGGCGGAAUGGGUCAAAAUUGCAUGCCUGGUAUGGGUGGAAUGGGCAAUAUGGGCAAUAGCUGUAUGAAUGGUGCUAUGGGAGGAAUGAAUAAUAAUUGUAUGGACGGAAUGGGUAAUGGAAUGGGCAAUAAUUGCAUGCCUGGAAUGAAUAAUCGUAGAAAGAAAUACAAGAAAUCACAAUGUGGAAUGGGAAACAACUGUAUGAAUGGCGGAAUGGGAAACAACUGUAUGAAUGGCGGAAUGGGAAACAACUGUAUGAAUGGCGGAAUGAAUGGUGGAAUGGGAAAUAAUUGUAUGAAUGGAAUGGGUGGAAUGUCAGGUAUGGGAAAUAACUGUAUGCCAGGAAUGAAUAAUAAAAGUGGAAUGGGAAAUAAUUGCAUGCCAGGAAUGGGAGGAAUGAUGUCAGGAAUGGGAAAUAAUUGUAUGCCUGGAAUGGGCGGAAUGAUGGGUGGAAUGGGUGGAAUGAAUUCAUUCAAUCCAUGUCAGGGAAUGGGAAUAGGAGGAAAUGCAAGUAACGCCUAUCCAGGUGGAAUGGGAUCCAACAGCGGAUGCUCAAGCAACUAUCCAGUUGGAUGCUACAACGAGCAUCCGUCUCGUAGAAACUGUCACAAGAAGUCAAAGAAGCGCUACAAACAGAAGAACAAAUGA